GGGGCUUCCUACCCCUGCAUGAAAGCGUCGGAGUCCCCGUCUCCAGCCCUUCACUUUCUGCUCUGCCUGACAGGAAGAAACAAGAUGGCGGCGGCAGACGGGGACGACUCUCUGUAUCCCAUAGCCGUGCUCAUCGACGAGCUGCGCAAUGAGGACGUGCAGCUUCGCCUGAACAGUAUUAAGAAGCUCUCCACCAUCGCUCUGGCCCUGGGCGUGGAGAGGACCCGCAGCGAGCUCCUGCCUUUCCUGACAGAUACCAUCUACGAUGAGGAUGAAGUGCUGCUGGCCUUGGCUGAACAGCUGGGGACCUUUACCUCCCUGGUCGGGGGACCGGAGUUUGUGCAUUGCCUAUUGCCUCCUCUAGAGAGCCUGGCCACAGUGGAGGAGACCGUGGUGCGGGACAGGGCGGUGGAAUCUCUUCGUGCCAUUUCCCAUGAACACUCCCCCUCGGACCUCGAGGCGCACUUUGUGCCCCUGGGGAAGCGCCUGGCCAGUGGAGACUGGUUCACUUCCCGCACGUCGGCCUGCGGUCUGUUCAGCGUCUGCUACCCCCGGGUGUCCAGCACCGUCAAAGCAGAACUCCGACAGCAUUUCCGUAAUCUGUGCUCCGAUGACACCCCCAUGGUCAGGCGAGCCGCCGCCUCUAAAUUAGGGGAGUUCGCAAAGGUUUUGGAGCUGGAGCACAUGAAGAGCGAGAUCAUCCCCAUGUUCUCCAACCUGGCGUCUGAUGAGCAGGAUUCUGUGCGUUUGCUGGCCGUCGAGGCCUGCGUCAACAUUGCCCAGCUGUUACCACAGGAGGAGCUGGAGCCGCUGGUGAUGCCAACGCUGCGCCAGGCGGCCGAGGACAAGUCGUGGCGUGUCCGUUAUAUGGUGGCAGACAAGUUCACUGAGCUCCAGAAAGCUGUUGGACCCGAAAUCACCAAAACGGAUUUGGUCCCUGCUUUCCAAAACCUGAUGAAGGAUUGUGAGGCUGAGGUCCGAGCUGCGGCCUCCAACAAGGUGAAAGAGUUCUGUGAAAACCUGUCCCCUGACUGCCGGGAGAACGUCAUCAUGACGCAGAUCCUGCCGUGCGUCAAGGAGUUGGUGUCGGAUGCCAAUCAGCACGUGAAAUCUGCCCUGGCCUCAGUCAUCAUGGGCCUGUCUCCUAUCCUGGGCAAGGAGAAUACCAUCGAGCAUCUUCUUCCUCUCUUCCUGGCCCAGCUGAAGGAUGAGUGUCCAGAAGUGCGGCUCAACAUCAUCUCCAACCUGGACUGUGUGAACGAGGUUAUCGGCAUCAGGCAGCUCUCCCAGUCUCUGCUGCCUGCCAUAGUGGAGCUGGCGGAAGAUGCCAAGUGGCGCGUGCGUCUGGCCAUCAUCGAGUACAUGCCUCUCCUCGCAGGACAGCUGGGCGUGGAGUUUUUUGACGAGAAGCUGAACUCUCUGUGCAUGGCGUGGCUGGUGGAUCAUGUGUACGCCAUCCGAGAGGCUGCAACAAGCAAUCUGAAGAAGCUGGUGGAGAAGUUCGGUAAAGACUGGGCUCAGGCCACCAUCAUCCCCAAGGUGCUGGCCAUGUCCAACGACCCAAACUACCUGCAUCGAAUGACCACGCUUUUCUGCAUCAAUGUUCUGUCAGAGGUUUGCGGACAGGACAUCACUACCAAGCACAUGCUGCCCACAGUGGUGCGGAUGGCUGGCGAUGCUGUUGCGAAUGUACGUUUUAAUGUUGCCAAGUCUUUACAGAAAAUAGGACCCACUCUGGAUAACAGCACUCUGCAGAAUGACGUGAAGCCGGUCCUGGAGAAGCUGACUCAAGACCAAGACGUCGACGUGAAAUACUUUGCACAGGAAGCAGUGACAGUGCUGGCUCUGGCAUGAGAAUAUCCAUUGACGGUGGCACUCCGCUUCUGACAGAACCUUUUUUAUUUUUGUUCCCCUUGCACGACUCUACUCACAGUUUUGCCCUCCGCACCACAUCCUUUGGCCCGAUCCUACCUGGUGGUGUUUGGUCUCUCCCACAGCCUGGAAUCUCUGCCCCCCUCCAUACAUAGUGCUGAACAUUACUUCAAAUGAAUCGUUAGUGGCUGUGGCUUUUAACUCUUAAUAUGCUAUUACUCUGUCCAAAAAGGACUCUGAAGGGGAUCAUUAUGUUCAUAUCACUUUUUUACUACAAGAAAGUAAUCUAGGUCGACUGGGAAGGGAAUAUGGCAGCUUAUUAUUUUUGUGAAAUAAUGCUUUCAGGUCUAUAUUCCUAUACUAUGCUGUUUAGUGUUUUUACCUUGUGUAAAUAACGGUUCGGCGCCCCGUUGCCGGUGCGGCUGGGGCCGAGCCACUCGUACAGAGAUCUCUCGGCAGCAGCUUCACCGGCAAAGGGGUGUCGAGCAGUGACGCAGGUUUUAAUGGAGCUGCCUGCCGCUUGUCCCUCAUCUGAGAACACUAUAUUGCCAUAGACCACCUAUAUUCAAGCUGCUGUUUUUGUCCAGAAAUAAAAUGUAUUAAGUUUUAAUUGUUUCUAAAGUAUAACCUGCAGUAAAACUCCUUUAAAAACGCCUGCAGUUGGAGGAGAAAAAUUAAAUAUAGUCCAAAGUACGUGAUGUUUGCAACUUCGAUAAUUGCAUUUGAGUGUAUCGGUCGAGCUGCCUUGAUUGUAAAAUUACAUGAAUAAAUACAACCAUUUUUGUUUC